AGUCAGCAGCGGUGACCGUUUCCUCUUUUUUUUGGGUGCUUUUUCAAAUAUCUUUACCUCUGUCGCACACACUGCUAUCCUUUACAGAAGCACUAACUAACCGCAGGCUGCCCGGAGGAUAUUUAAAAAUGAGAUUCCUUCAUCUGUGCAACUUCCUCAUUCACCGACUUGUGUUAGCUCUUACUUAAGAGCACACCCCUGAAAACAAGAACGAAACCUGACGGCAAUAACACGCAUACACAAACACACCGAGGCAGAGAAGACCAGGCUGGUGUUGUACCUUCCUCACCUGAUGAAGUAGCACGGCUGGGCCCUGCGUGGACGUGUAGUGGACACUUUGUGGGUACUGAGCAGGUCUCAGGCAGUGGUCGGGUAGAGAGGCUCGUCGGGUUCCGGUGCAGGCAUGCUCCGACAGUCUCUGAGCAUCCUGAAGCAGCUCAGCUCUGCACCAAGGUCACAAGAUGCCACUGAACUACUACACGCGGACCUGGUACUGGUGGAGCAGCGGGUGGAACCAGCCAAAAAGGCGGCUCAGGUCGUUCACAAGAAGCUGCAGGGCUGCAUGCAGAGUCAGUCCGGGCUGGACGCUGAGAAACGAAUGAAAAAGCUCCCUCUGAUGCUGCUGUCGGUCAGCAUGGCAGAGAGCCUCAAGGACUUUGACGCAGAGUCCUCUAUCAGGAGGGUGUUGGAGAUGUGCUGUUUCAUGGAGAAGAUGCUGGCCAGCAUGUUGGCUGACUUUGAGAUGAAACUGGAAAGAGAAGUCCUAGUGCCGCUCAACAAGCUCAGCGAGGAUGAUUUACCAGAGAUUCUCAAGAACAAGAAGCACUUUGCAAAGCUCACUACAGACUGGAACAACGCAAAAAACAGGAGUGAGGCCAGCACCGGCGCCCAGGCAAAGCAGGAAGGGCUUAAGGAGGAAAUGGAAGAAGCAUGGAGGAAGUUGGAGAGCAUCAAGGACCAGUACUCUGCAGAUCUGUACCACUUUGCGACUAAAGAAGACGACUACGCAAACUACUUCAUUCGUCUUCUCGAACUGCAAGCAGAGUACCACAAACAUUCACACGAGUUCCUGGACAAAAACAUCAGCGAGCUCAAAGAGAAUCACAGUCAAAAUGGGCCAGCGCUGGGCCUCUCCAAUCAGAAAGUUUACGGGGAGCCUCUGCUGUCUCAUCUGUCCAAAAGCGACAGAGAAAUCGCAGUACCCAUCGAGGAGUGUAUUCACAUGCUACUGAGAACGGGCAUGGCAGAGGAGGGCCUGUUUCGUUUGGCGGCGGCAGCCUCAGUGGUGAAGAGGCUGAAGACUGGCCUGGAGCAAGGAAACGUGGAUCACAGCGAGUUCACAAUUGACCCUCACGCUGUGGCCGGAGCUUUGAAGUGUUACCUUCGAGAACUGCCCGAGCCCCUCUUGACCUUUGAACUCUACAAUGACUGGUUCAAAGCAGCUGGGGAAAAAGACUUGACAGAGAAACUGGAGCAGUUCAAAGUGUUGCUGAAGAAACUGCCACCUGAAAACUACAACAACCUCAGGUAUCUGGUCCAGUUUUUGUCUCUGUUGUCUGAGCAGGAGGCUGUGAACAAGAUGACCCCCAGAAACAUUGCCAUCGUCCUGGGGCCCAACCUGCUCUGGCCCCGAGCUGAAGGUGAAGCUGCUCUCUUUGACAUGGCGUCAGCUUCUUCAGUUCAGGUGGUCACAGUUAUGGAGCCUCUUAUUCAGUACAGCUCCAGCCUCUUCCCUGAAGCUGUAUCCUUUGAGAUCCCAGAACUCCCUGAGUUAUCAGAUGUGACCGUUCCUGCUCCUGUUGCCCCGUCUCUGGUCUCAGAAAAGGAGACGCUGAGCAGAGCAGUCUCCUCUUCCUCCAGUACCUCCUCCUGCUCGUCCUAUCAUCUCCCACUCUCCAAGGCAAACAGUACAACCUCUCAGGACAGUGGUGCCUUCUUCCAGAUGAGAACUGGCUCUGUGAGUCGCAGUGGCUCCUCCACAUGGGCCCGCCCUGCAGCUGCACCAACGGCACCAACCCAUAAAAACACCACGUCCAGCGUCUUAUCAUCAAUCGCUGCCGACCCCACUCUGGCCUCAAAUACUUCCGCUGCGGGAUCAACACCAAACGUGGGACAGAACAGGAGCCCCACCCAGAAGCAGUGCCCGGAACAAGGCCAGCUGGAGUCGAUUUUGGAGGCACCUCUACACUCUCCAAGAGCAUCGCUGAAGAUCAGCUCCCCGUACAAACCGAGAAGAUGCUUCGGCACGAACAAAGCUAGCGAGCAGGUGACGGUUCAGUUCUCCAAGCCGAAAGCCCCUGUGCCUCCCAAGCUACAGAGCCCUCCACCCCCAACCACAGUCCCAGCGAGGGUGGAGACUGGGACCAAGCCUACGCCCGCACCCCGAGUUCAUGGAGCCAACCCGAAAAAGCCUCCACCGAAAAAGCCUGGACUCAAAGCCCCAAACUGCCCUCCACCUCUUCCUCCACCAUCACUGGCGAAACAAGUUCCCUCUGUAGCACAGUGAAACACGUUCCUUUUUGUAUCUUCACUUUUGUUCAACAUGUUUAUUCUGCUGUUCAGUGCCUUCCAGGAAGUAUUUUUACGUUUAAGUGUUGCAGCUUAAUUACUUUUUUUGGGUCUGUAUUUCAUAACCAGUACAAUUUAUUUAUUUGUCUAAUGAUGUCCGAUAUUUCCCAGAAUGCAAUGUCAUUUUGGUUGAAACAAAAAAUACCCAAAGCAAUAAAUGAAUCCACAUCCAAAAAAAGACUGCUGGUUGUUUUUCUUAUGUUUUUAGGUUGUAGUUUUCCAUAAAUCGACACAAUCACAGUCUUCAUGUACGCUGGCAAAAUAUUUUAUGGACCUCAAGGCUGAAUUGAGGUUUGACUGUUCACUUGUCUCCACCCAAAGUCUCUGUUUCACAGAAAGGACGACGGCUGUGGUCAGUUUCAACCGAUUCCUGUGGCAUCUGCAGCUUUUAGCUCUUUAACUUUAAAUCUUUCAGGAUUUCAACUCAGUAAUGCAUAAAUGAAACAUGUUAUACAUGAGAAUACAUGUAAAUAAAAACAUAUUCAGCCUCAUUAAAAACAUGUUUAUUGUGAAAUUAUAUCAUUGUAUUAUAUCAUUGGUACUGACUGCAGCAUAUGGAUGUGAAUUGCAUUAUGUGCUGCAGGUGCUCAUACUGUAAGUACAUAAUUAUAGGAGGUCAGUUGAUAUCAUCAUGUCAAGUUGUAUAAAAGAAUAUAUAAAUGACAGUUCUUCUAUAAAAAUCAAUACAGGAGUCGGACUUCAUAUUCAUUUCAUGAUAAAAGGUGCACUGAGUAGCUAUAGAAAAGGUUUGCAACAUAAAAUGAACAUAUAUAUAUAUAUAUAUAUGGUUGAGGCUUUAAUUGCUUCUAGCAAACGCCGGUAUUAACAUAUUCCAUCAGUCCAAGAGCUGACAAGUUCCUGUGGUUUAUCUUUUGUCUGACGCGGUUGAUCCUGAGAUUCCAGAUCUCUCAUGAGUUCUCUUCCCUUUUUUUUAUUUCCUGGUGUUGUAUUCCUGAGUGAAAAGCUGAUUAGAGAUUGUAGUGACGGCAAAGGGUUGUAGUAAGAUUAAAUCUAUUCUUCUAAUCCACACUUCCUCUCUGUCUUCUCAUCAGAGAGAUGGACUUGCAUAGAGAAUCUUUUUCCCUCUUGCGUGAGGACGUGUAUUAUCGCAUGUAUAAAGUGAAUGACAGGUUUUAUAGUGUUUCCUCCAUGACGCCUCCACAACCUGAACCACAUUCUCUGGUACAUCCUCUCUUCUCACUCUUCUUUUUGGUUUCAGUCUUUUUGGAAAAACGCGGUCUCCCUUUCUGUGCUGACUUUGGAAACUUGCAGCCUUGAAAAUACAUUCAGCCACAGGUAUCAAAAUUGUACAUCCUCGAAGAAUAAUGUUAUAAAGGUAAAAGAUGCAGUAUGAAGGAUACUGAAUUCAGGUUGUUGUGUUCAGGGUUUUUCUGUCAACAGAGCCAGCCUCGUUGACCAUUGCAACAUUUUAGGUGAUUGACUUGAUUGGAAUUGCAGAAGAAUCAAAUGUUUUACUUAAAUGAAAAAUCUACGAUUAGCCGAGCUCAGACUUUGAUUUCAUCCUCGUCGUCCAUGUAACUGUAAGACAUUUUCUUCUUGUGCUGGCUCAUGAUCAUCAUCUCUGAGUCAGCAGCCUCCACCAUGCUCUGUCCCUUUAAGUGGCUGACGCCAUAAUGGCGUGCAAGCAUAUCCGUAGCGCUCUGGAACCGCUCACUU